AUAGCAAAAUAAUGGCGAGGCUGAAGCACGUGGUCAGCUAAGGCCAUGGAGCCCCUCAGGGAUGUGACGCUAACGUGACUGAAAUCGCGCGGCUGGAAAACAAGCCCCUGUAGCUCUGUGGAGACGGGCCGGAGACAGACCCUCCGUCGCUCACCCCGUUCGUCUCGGGCCCCCGACCCCGGCCUGAGGCCGCUUCACUUUCUUGCUCGGCCUCCCGGUUACCCCCGCGGGCCGGGGAGCGGAGCCGCCGCUCUCCCGCCCCAGGGAGGGGCCCGAGUCCGGCCCGGGGCCGCCCCGCAGGCGCUUCAACCCCUCGCGUCCGGCGCGGCAGCAGCGCCAGCCCCAGCCCCAGCCCCGCUCUCGGGAGCCAUCUUGCGAGCGGGGCCGCGCUGCCUACACGGCGGAGCCGGCUGCAGCCGCGGCCGGGUGACGGCCUGUCCCCCUCCCCUUCCGCGCGGGGCGGGGUUGAUGGGGCCCCCGGAGCCGGGGCGCCGCGGGGGGAGGCCGGGCUGGCGGUGACUCUCCGCCCGCCGGACGGAGCAGCAGCCGCUCCCAGCAGGCGGCCGGGCUCGGGGGGGUGGGAGCCGCGCUCCGGCACGAAGGGGGCGGCCAUGGCCGGCGAGCCGCAGAAGAAGCCGCACCUGUCGGCCCUGGUGGGACACACCAACGGGCUCACCAAGCCCGCCUCGCUGGCGGCCGCCGCGGGAGCCCGGGCCGGGGGCGCCGCCGCCGCCACCUCCAAGAAGCUCGUGAUCAAGAACUUCAGAGAAAGACCUAAAUUGCCUGAUAAUUACACACAGGACACAUGGCAGAAGCUUGAUGAAGCAGUGAGAGCUAUACAAAGUAGCACCUCCAUUAAAUACAACCUUGAAGAGCUCUAUCAGGCUGUCGAAAACCUCUGUUCUUAUAAAGUGUCCCCUACACUUUACAAACAGCUCCGGCAAGUCUGUGAAGAUCAUGUGAAAGCACAAAUUCUUCAGUUCAGAGAAGAUUCUCUGGACAGUCUUUUAUUUUUAAAGAAGGUAAAUAAAUGCUGGCAAGAUCACUGCAGACAAAUGAUCAUGAUUAGAAGCAUUUUCUUAUUUUUGGAUCGUACAUACGUGCUUCAGAAUUCAUUGCUUCCUUCUAUAUGGGAUAUGGGGCUAGAGCUUUUUAGAAAGCACAUUAUUAGUGAUAAACUAGUUCAAAACAAGACCAUUGAUGGAAUCCUCCUCCUGAUUGAACGGGAACGGAAUGGUGAAACUGUGGACAGAAGCCUGUUACGAAGUCUGUUAAGCAUGCUGUCUGAUCUACAGGUUUACAAGGAAUCAUUUGAACAAAAGUUUUUGGAGGAGACAAAUUGUUUAUAUGCGGCAGAGGGCCAAAGGUUAAUGCAAGAAAGAGAGGUUCCAGAAUAUCUUCACCAUGUUAACAAACGUUUAGAAGAAGAAGGAGACCGAGUGAUAACAUAUUUAGACCACAGCACGCAGAAACUACUAAUUGCUUGUGUGGAAAAGCAACUACUAGGAGAGCACUUAACAGCUAUUUUGCAAAAAGGACUUGAUAAUCUGCUUGAUGAAAACAGAAUAUCAGAUCUCACCCAGACAUACCAGCUGUUCAGCCGGGUAAAAGGUGGGCAGCAGAUCCUGUUGCAAAACUGGAGUGAAUACAUCAAGAACUUUGGGACAACAAUAGUGGUUAAUCCUGAAAAGGACAAGGAUAUGGUGCAAGAGCUACUAGAUUUUAAGGAUAAAGUGGACCAUAUCAUAGAAGCGUGCUUUCAGAAAAAUGAGAAAUUUAUAAACUUGAUGAAGGAAUCCUUUGAAACAUUUAUCAACAAGAGACCAAAUAAGCCUGCAGAAUUGAUAGCAAAACAUGUGGAUUCAAAGUUAAGAGCUGGAAAUAAAGAAGCAACAGAUGAAGAGCUGGAAAGAAUCCUUGACAAAAUCAUGAUAAUAUUCAGAUUCAUUCAUGGUAAAGAUGUGUUUGAGGCAUUUUAUAAGAAAGAUUUAGCCAAAAGACUGCUGGUUGGAAAAAGUGCAUCAGUAGAUGCUGAGAAGUCAAUGCUGUCAAAGCUUAAACAUGAAUGUGGUGCUGCUUUCACCAGUAAACUGGAGGGAAUGUUCAAGGAUAUGGAACUUUCAAAAGAUGUCAUGAUUCAGUUUAAGCAGUAUAUGCAGAACCAAAGUGAUCCAGGCAAUAUAGACCUGACGGUAAAUAUACUUACUAUGGGAUAUUGGCCAACCUAUACACCUGUGGAAGUCCACUUAACUCCAGAGAUGGUUAAGCUUCAAGAGGUAUUUAAGACCUUUUAUCUUGGAAAACACAGUGGUCGAAAGCUUCAAUGGCAGACCACUUUAGGGCAUGCUGUCUUGAAAGCAGAAUUUAAGGAAGGAAAGAAAGAGUUUCAUGUGUCACUCUUCCAGACAUUAGUGCUGCUUAUGUUUAAUGAAGGAGAUGAAUUUAUUUUUGAAGAAAUUAAAAUGGCUACUGGUGUAGAGGACAGUGAAUUGCGAAGAACCUUGCAGUCUUUGGCCUGUGGGAAAGCACGAGUAUUGAUUAAAAAUCCAAAAGGCAAGGAUGUAGAAGAUGGAGACAAGUUCAUCUUUAAUGGUGACUUCAAGCAUAAAUUGUUUAGAAUAAAGAUCAACCAAAUACAGAUGAAAGAAACAGUUGAAGAACAGGUUAGCACAACUGAAAGAGUGUUUCAAGAUAGACAAUAUCAGAUUGAUGCUGCUAUUGUACGAAUAAUGAAGAUGAGAAAGACGCUCUGCCAUAACCUUCUUGUUUCUGAAUUGUAUAAUCAGCUGAAAUUUCCAGUAAAGCCUGGAGACUUGAAAAAAAGGAUUGAAUCUCUCAUAGAUAGAGACUAUAUGGAGAGAGACAAAGACAACCCCAAUCAAUACCACUAUGUUGCAUAAUGGAGAGAACUUUCUUUUUUUUCCUAAGAAAACACCAGAAUAAUGUAUUCAGGACUUUGAAUACCUGUGCUGUUUCCAGACUUUACUUUUAGCAGAUCUCAAGUUGAUGUAUACUAUUCAACCAGCUGCAUGCACUGGAGUGGAUGAGACAGAAAGGAAAUGUUUCUUGGAUCAUCCUUAUCAAGACUCCUUAGUGAUUUUUAAAUGGCACGUUUUUUAGUUCUUUUAGUUCUUCCUUUUUUUUUUUUUUUUUGAGUUCUUCAAGAUAUGUUUGUUCUACUUUGUUUAAAAUUAACUUUUGAAGUUGGAAGGGAAGGUAAAAAAUACUCUAUUUUUCUGGCUUAUUUAUGUAUGUGUUCAUGACUGCACAUCCAUAAAGACCCUUAAUGCUGCAUUCUUUAGCUACAAAAAUCCCUCGGGUAUCUUUUAAAACCCCUUUUAAUUAAUUAACCCUUAUGUACAAACACUUAGUGAAUUUUUGAAAUUAUGAAAUUAUGCACCAUGAUACUGUUAUAUUCAUGUUUGUUUAGUUUUUUUUUCAAAAUAGUUCUAAACUUCAGUCUGGUUUGGAUAAAUCAGGUUUUGAAAUGAAAUCUUUGAAGUGCCAAGAGGACAACUGUGUUAAAAUGUCUGUAGUGAGCUGUCUGAUUACGUAGCUAAGGUAUUCAUUUGUGGAAUUUUUUGCUCUCGGGCAAGUGAUUUGUAUCACUGUUUAUGUAAAACUUCAGUAUAAUUUAGUUUUGUCUUUAGAGACAAAUAUAGGAUAAUUCCUGUACAGUGCACUCAAUACAAGAAGAGAAGAGAUUUCAAAGGCUUUACAGUCUCGAUGUUGUGAAAGCACAGAUUUAUGGAUUUUGUGAGUUCCCUGUUACAUAUUGUAUAUAUGUAAGUUGAUAUGAAUUAAAGAAUGAAGGACAUGUAGAUCUGUUAGAUAAUUGUAACUAUAAGGAAGAUACUUUUUUGUGGUAAUAUUUACAAGCCUCUGUUUUAUUUUACAGGAUUUGCAUAAUGGUGUUUCAUUCUGAUUAAAAGCUACCAAAGGAAUUUUGAUCAUGGCCUAAUGAGAAUUUAACUAAGCAGUAUAUUCUUGAAAAUAACUUACUAAAUUUAUAUAAUAUGAUUUUUGUGCAUAAAUUAUAAGACCAUGACCCCUUCUUAAGAAUCCAUUGCUAAAAGCUGACAUCUUCUGGGUUUCCAUAUUAAAGUCCUCAUUCUGUCAUCUGGUCUCAUGAAUUGUAUUGCAUUCUUUGAAUUAUUUUUAUUCCCUUUCCUUUGUGUUAGAAACUAAACCCCCUAUCAUAUGUUUAGUACAACAAAUGUAUUUAAAAGCUAUUUAAUAUUGUAAUUUAAUGUAGACUUCUAUUUUAACUUGCUUUAAUAUUUAAAUCUUUUGUUAAAUCAAAUAAAAUCUCAUUGAUAUGUA